CUUCGCCAAGAUGGAAAACUGGUUGAUACAUGGUCGAUGGACACUUUUGCUGAAGUCUUUGAUCAGGCUAGUCAGUCUUCCAAAAAGUAUACCAGACACUUGACCUUGAGCCACUUUGGCGGUGGAAUCCCUUAAAGAGAAGCUACUUCCGCAAAUGGAAGAUAUGGUUUGCGAAACCCUUCGCAAAUGGUCAAGUGAGGAAUCAAUUGAAGUGAAAGGAGCAGCGGUUACAAUGACAACCAAUUUUGCUGCAAAACAGAUCUUCAGCGGUGACCUUGAAAAUGCACCGUUGAAUAUUAGUGAAAUGUUCAAGGACUUGGUAGAAGGACUGAUGUCCUUUCCUAUCAACAUCCCUGGGACUGCACAUCACAAAUGUUUACAGAUCCACAAGAAGGUCAGAAAAAUGAUGAAGGAUGUGGUGCAAAAGAGGCUAGCAGCCCCUGAGAGAACUCAGGGAGACUUGCUUGACCACAUCAUCCAAGACAUGGACACCGAGACAUACAUUAAAGAGGAUUUCGUAGUACAGUUGAUGUUUGGCCUGUUAUUUGUCACCUCCGAUUCUAUUUCGACAACAUUAGCUUUGGCAUUCAAGUUGCUUGCUGAACAUCCUGCAGUCUUGGAGGAAUUAACUGCUGAGCACGAAGCGAUCCUUAAAAAGAGGGAGAACUUGAACACCCCACUCACAUGGAAUGAAUACAAAUCUAUGACCUUUACCCUUCAGGUUAUCAAUGAAGUUCUCAGGCUGGGGAACAUUGCACCAGGGUUUUUCCGCAGAGCCCUGAAAGACAUCCCUGUCAAUGCAACAGGAUAUACAAUUCCAGAAGGCUGGGUGAUUAUGAUCGCCACAGCAGCUCUACAUUUGAAUUCCAACCAAUUUGAAGAUCCCCUUGCCUUCAAUCCAUGGCGCUGGAAGAACAUCCAGCCAAGUGUUGUAUCAAAAUGUUUUAUGCCAUUCGGGUCAGGCAUGAAGCAGUGUGCAGGAGCUGAGUACAGCAGGGUGUUGUUGGCUACCUUCCUACAUGUCUUGGUCACAAAAUAUAGAUGGGCUAUGGUCAAGGGAGGAAAGAUCGUCCGAGCUCCUAUCAUAAGGUUUCCUGAUGGAUUUCAUUUCAAAAUCUCAGAGAAGAGCAACUAAUGAACUUUCUUUAUUCAACUCUUCAAUCCUAGGCACUUGCUCAAUAAGCAAGGGCAUCCGGAUCAAUCAAUCCAGUUCCAUUAAAUUCCUGUAAUAAGUUGCCGCUGUAUAGGCUUUCCUUCAAUCAUUACCUUGAUGUACCACGCAAUCUCGUUGAUUAUUGUAAUUAUCGAUCAAAUUUAGAAAUGCUAAAAUUGUUUCCUUUUAGACA